AUGACGCAGCUCUUCAACUCUUCUCCAUCAAGCCACUCCACCAUGACCGAGAAACGCACCUUUUCGGGCAAGGCCCUGUCCACCAACAAGUCGGUCAAUGGAAAGGACGGCCAGGUCUCGCAGCGCAUCAAGAACUUCUUCCGCAUCAAUAGCAGCAAUGACGCCCAGAAGCUCUCCGACGACGCCACGGGCGGUGCCCCAAACUCCAAGAACGAGAAGUCGGGCUUCCGCCAAUCACGAUUCAUCCCGCACAUCACUCGCAACCGCUCUCAGACCGUCGCCAGUGAAGGCAAUCCCCUCGACGACAGCCUCUCGCCUACCGCCCACGCCAAUCCGUAUUUCGCCCACCAAGGACCCCCUGCCCUGCGCCAUCACAACGAUGGCAGCGUGCCCCCAUCUCCCACAGAUUCACAAAACAUACCCAAGACACAAGUGAAUGGUGGUGACGGCCCCGAGGAUGAUCAUGCCACGACGGCUGGAAAGGAGGAAUUGGCAAGGAAACUACGGAGGGUAGCAUCUGCUCCCAACGCUCAGGGCUUGUUCUCAUCUGGCAAGUCUAAUGAAAGACCGCAGACCGCUGAACUCGGCAAGCAGCCCGUUCUGCACCACCCGAACUCAUCUACCCUGAGUAUGGUUGAAACGCACUCGCAAGACUCGACCCACCUUCUACCCAGCGACGCCAGCAAGCCUAUACCGUCUCCGGGCCAGAUUCGCAAUUCUGUGGCUUUCAGGAGGACCUACAGCUCAAAUUCCAUCAAGGUUCGGAACGUUGAGGUUGGCCCGGGCAGCUUCGACAAGAUCAAGCUGAUUGGCAAAGGUGAUGUUGGAAAGGUGUACUUAGUGCGGGAGAAGAAGUCUAGCAGGCUCUACGCUAUGAAGGUCCUGAGCAAGAAGGAGAUGAUCAAGCGAAACAAGAUCAAGCGUGCGUUGGCCGAGCAGGAAAUUCUGGCGACUAGCAACCACCCAUUUAUCGUUACUCUGUACCACUCUUUCCAAUCCGAAGACCACCUCUACCUCUGCAUGGAAUACUGCAGUGGCGGUGAGUUCUUCCGCGCUCUGCAGACACGACCAAACAAGUGCGUUGAUGAGGACGCUGCGCGGUUCUAUGCUGCUGAGGUUACGGCUGCAUUGGAGUACCUGCACUUGAUGGGCUUCAUCUACCGAGACUUGAAGCCAGAAAAUAUCCUCCUCCAUCAGUCCGGCCAUAUCAUGUUGUCAGAUUUUGACUUGUCGAAACAAUCGGACACUGGCGGCCGCCCAACCAUGAUUCUCAGCGGCCGAAGCGGUACUUCGUCAAACAAUCUGCCAACGAUUGACACCAAAUCUUGCAUCAACAACUUCCGAACCAAUUCAUUCGUUGGUACCGAGGAAUACAUUGCACCAGAAGUUAUCAAGGGCUGUGGACAUACGAGUGCGGUCGAUUGGUGGACCCUUGGAAUUCUGAUUUACGAAAUGUUAUACGGAACCACACCCUUCAAGGGCAAGAACCGUAACGCAACUUUUGCCAACAUUCUCCGAGACGAGGUACCGUUCCCAGAGGGUUCUGGUGCACCGCAAGUGUCAAAUCUUUGCAAAGCCAUCAUUCGCAAGCUGCUCAUCAAGGAUGAGACUCGCCGUCUCGGUUCACGUGCUGGUGCCUCGGAUAUCAAGAGUGCGCCAUUCUUCAAGACCACGCAAUGGGCGCUACUGCGUCACAUGAAACCUCCUAUUAUUCCCCACCAGGGCCAAGGCAUAGAAACGCCUAAUUUCCGAAACGUCAAGGAGUCCCAGAGUGUGGACAUUGGUGCUGCGAAAUCCAAGGGUGUGCCGCUAGACUCUGGCCUUGCUACACCCAUGGGCGAAGUAGCAGAUCCAUUUGAGGAGUUCAACAGUGUCACCCUCCAUCAUGAUGGAGAUGACCACCAUGACCACCAUCACGACUACAGCGAACACUCUGAUUACUCGCAAACCAACUCGCAUCGAUAG